CGCCACCCUCAUUUCCCGCCGCUGCUGUGCAGCUCGGUCGACUCUCAUUCCCAUCCAGCAUCUUUAAUAGAACAGAACAUAUCUAAUUAUCCCCAUCAUCUUCGCCAUGAUUCUCAAGACUGCAUUGCUGGGCGGGCUCCUAGUCGCCAGCCAGGCUUCAGCAACCGUCAACGCACUCUUCCAACGCGGCGAGGACCUUGAAGAACAACUUCGACGAGAUGCGGAUUCCAUGGUAGCGACUCUCACUCGACGGCAAGAUACCAGCAAUACGAACCCGGACCCUCAAAUCUCAUCGACACCACAAUCUGGCGACGCAGCAAAGGCUGACCUCGCAGCAUGGGAAACGCAGACAAAGCAAGCUUGCCAGAACGCACUCACACAACUCAACGGCCAAGCAUCAAACCCAUCCGGAAUCGCCGUCUGCUACAAUCUACCCUUCCUCGACAACACAACCGGAGUCUUCCAAGCCGAACUCCGAAUGUACAACAUCUCAGCCCCAAUCGAUCCUUGGGUUGGUGUCACCGCCGCAGAUGUUAGUAUGACCUUGUCUUACCUCGGCGCUACUGUGCAAAGUAUGAAUGGGACAUUCAUGAGGAGGGAAGAAGUCACGUGGCCCCCAAUUCGUGACGGUCUUUUGGUCGAAAGGCAAACUAGCGCUGCGCCACAAGAGCUCAAGGUCCUCAACUAUGUCGGAAAGAUCAAUCCUAACCUGAUGGGCUCCGCUAUGACACAAGCUACCUUGCAACCGCUACUCAUUCCUAAGAUAGAGCUGUCGGCGCAAUCACCAAAGUCGAACCAGCAAGUGUCAGCAACGCUUUCAUCCCAAGAAGCAUCAUUCGUAAAUGGCGUUUUCUCAAAGCAGGCCACGACAACUAACGAUCCUGCCGCUCAAGCUUCAGCCUCAGCUGCGGUUGCGAAGGCUGCGCCAUUCAACCUCCCUGGUACCAAUCUCGCCUUCUUCCCUACAGGGCUUGUCAUCACCUGUAUAUGGACAGGAGGACUGUUCCUUGCCGUUGGCCUUGGCACUGUCGGUCGUAUCCAGUUCCGAGAGCAGUACAGGAGGCGGAUGAAGCGUGAGGUCGCAAGCGGAAUGCGCACGAUAUAAUUUGCCCGCUACGCUCUUUUAUGCCUCUGUUCAUUUCUCGCGUUUAGAAU